GCCCCGCCCCCAGCACCAUAGGUAAUGAGGGAACAGGAGGAGGGGGGGAGGGUUUAAAUAGAAGGCUUCACCUCCCCUUCCACACCACCACUCUGCGGGAGAACUGCAGCAUCCACUCAACGAGAAGCAUUCCAGCCUUUUAACUCAAGCCUAAACGAUGGCCACCAAAGAUAAACUCAUCAGCCACGUGCUGAAGGAACAGCCUGUGGGAAGCCGAAACAAGGUGACGGUGGUGGGCGUCGGCAUGGUGGGCAUGGCCACUGCCAUGAGCGUGCUGCUCAAGGAUUUGUGUGACGAGCUGGCACUGGUGGACGUGAUGGAGGACAAGCUGAAAGGUGAAGCCAUGGACUUGCAGCAUGGCUCCUUCUUCCUUAAGACGCACAAGAUUGUGGCAGACAAAGACUACAGUGUGACAGCCAACUCCAGGGUGGUGGUGGUGACCGCUGGCGCCCGUCAACAGGAAGGAGAGAGUCGUCUUAAUCUGGUGCAGCGCAAUGUCAACAUCUUUAAAUUUAUCAUCCCCAACAUUGUCAAGUACAGCCCCAACUGCAUCCUGAUGAUAGUCUCCAACCCAGUGGACAUCCUGACCUACGUUGCCUGGAAGCUGAGCGGCUUCCCGCGCCACCGCGUCAUUGGCUCGGGCACCAACCUUGACACGGCCCGUUUCCGCCACCUCAUGGGAGAGAAGCUACACCUCCACCCUUCGAGCUGCCACGGUUGGAUCAUUGGAGAGCAUGGAGACUCCAGUGUGCCCGUGUGGAGCGGUGUGAACGUGGCAGGCGUUAGUCUACAAACCCUCAACCCCAACAUGGGGGCUGAAGGAGACGGUGAAGACUGGAAGGCCGUGCAUAAGCAGGUGGUUGAUGGGGCCUAUGAGGUGAUCAGGCUGAAGGGUUAUACUUCAUGGGCCAUUGGGAUGUCCGUGGCUGACCUGGUGGCAAGCAUCGUCAAGAACAUGCACAAAGUGCACCCUGUAUCCACACUUGUCCAGGGCAUGUAUGGCGUGAAGGAUGAGGUCUUCCUGAGCAUCCCUUGCGUCCUGGGCAACACCGGCCUAACAGAUGUCAUCAACAUGACCCUGAAGCCCGAGGAGGAGAAGCAGCUAAUGAAGAGCGCUGAAACAUUGUGGGGCGUUCAGAAGGAGCUCACACUGUAAAGGCGAGAGCGUCUCGUUACUUCGCUCCACCCUGAAAGCGCAUCACACAAGACACUGUGCAUUAUUACCUUCUGUGUCCCCCCUGUAGCUAAACGCAGAUGAGACUUGACAUUCUGAAAAGGCUAAAGUGUUAUUAGUUAAACCAGUGGAAGUUUUAUUUUUGCUGUUUGCUCCCAAACCCGAUUCCCCCAUUUGUGACUACUAUGAACACUCUCAGCCCACCGUGCACUGUUAAGCUUUUUUCAUAACACUCCUCAUGUAUUUUGUGUGUAUUAUGUGUACUGUGUGAUUACCGUGUCCAGUUGUGGGUGUUGUCCACUUGGUCAUCUUAUUGUUUUUUUUUUUUUUAGUCUGAGGGAGACAUUCCAUUCUCUUUGGUAGAGACUGAGGUUGUAGUAACCUUUCCUUGGUUCUUAUAAAGGCCUUUUAACACAUACGACCACAAGUGCACUGACAGAGGAAGGCAAGGAUUUAUGGUUAUUAAAGCAGUCAACCAAGAUUGUUUCAGAUUAUCGGAGACAAAUUCUAUAGGAGCUACUGUAGGAAACAGAAAUUAUAUCUUGGAUGUGUAGUAAUGCACUCCACAUAAUACUAAAGGAUAAUAAUGGUGUUAUUUUCUCUAAAGCCGUUACAACUAUAUUUAUUCUCAGUAUUUAUCAGUAAGCUGACUGACUGAAUCACUGUACCUGGACAUAUUUUUAUGUACUGUAGCAUCAAAUAAAGCCAGGAUACCUAAACAAGAUGGAUG